AGAGGAGGGAGAGCCCCAAAGUAUCCCCUCAUCAAUUCUUUAUGCUUUUUUUUUUAUUUCAUCCACACUAAAAUGAAGUGUAUGUACACACUGCAGAUCUACAUGUAAUCUAGAAUUAUCAUACAAGACCUUAAUAAACUUUUUUUUUUUUCCCACCACCAUGUUCAAAGAAAACAUUAAUAUCGAUAAACGUUCUGACACUCUCUGGAAAUAUUAAAUGACAAAAAAGUAGUAACAUCGAAUGAACGCAUUAUAAUAUUCAUUCAGGUAAAUUUACAAGUUUGCCAUCAUCAUGGUUAUUAGAUGGUAAACAGCUUUCCGUGUAUACGAAGAUGACUUGCAUCGCCGAGCUACUGAGAUGAAUACAUUAUGAAAAUAAAAAUACAAAAUAAAUCAAAUUUUACUAAAAAUCUCUAUAAUAACAUCUGGUAGUCACGGUGACAAGCGUAAUCCCACCCUACCAAAACAAUAAUGAGUCUUCAAUUUAUUGUUAUGUUAUACUAAAAUAGUUAUGAUAAAGACUGUUAUAACCGGCUUCAGCGUCAAAACAGUUCGAGUGGGUGGCAGUUCCGAUUUUGGCAUUUGGUAGCGAUUUCUCUUCCGGUUUUGGCAGACCACUUUCACUUGAUUUGAUAGAGGCCAAUGUCAGCCAGAAAAGGGAUAAAAUAGAGUGCAAUCGUGAGGUUAGUGGUACAGUUAGAGAAUUGGUAAAGCAUCAGACUGAAGACUGAGGGUUGGUACACUUGGAGCCCUGACUUCGAGAAGAGUAUACAGAAGCAUUACGAGUCCGUAGCACCCUCCGCCCUGGUGACACUGUCCUCGGCAACUCGGUGGCAUCUACCAACUUUAUCAUUCGUUAUCUCCAUAGUACAGUCGACCUUGAAUAACUACUAUGAAGUCUUUAACAAUUCUUGUCGUCGUCCUCGCGCUCGUUCUCCUCGUCGCUUGCGUCGAUGCUUCGAAGAAGAAAGGCAAACACGACAAACACAGAGGAAGGGGAGGAGGCCAUCCCCACGACCAUCAUCACGACCACCACCACGACCAUCGCCAUGAUCACGGCCGUGACCACAGCCACGAUCACCACCCUGAGUAUAGUCAACACGAAGUUGGUUAUCGUCAUCGUCGUGACAUCAUCAACGGAACCGAAGAAAACGAUACGAUGUCGACCUUAGAACCGGGGAGGUGUACAAAAGUCGUGAGUGUUACCGUAACAUUUGCCCAGUCCUUCCAGAAGUCAAGAAAAGUGCCGAAAAUUGUCAGAUGUGGAUGGCUCCAUCUAGCAAAGUGUAAAGUUUACAAACUAGAGUAUGAGACUGCUUAUCGCACUGCUACACGAGUUCAGUAUGCAAUUGUCAGGAAAUGUUGCCCUGGUUUCAUGGAAGUCAAUGGUGUUUGCGAACCUAUUGGAGGGAGAACAACUCCAGCGCCCCCGACGACGCCUACGACCGCGGCACCGACUACGACCGCCAUGCAAAAUACUACCGAUGUCCCGGACGACUACAAGAUUAUGAUUGAUGAUAAGAUUCAAAAGAUCGUCUCAGCCGUCAUCAUCCUCGUUCUCAUCCUCUUCACGGGUUGCUGUAUCGGAGCCUGUCUGGUGUACAUCUGCAAAUGUUGCCAUGGGAAAAAGGGCAGUUAUGUCUAGUCUCAACUUCGGCAUUAUUCACUGCUUGAAGCCUUCAUCACAAGCUGAGUGGAAGCCUCAUAUCUAAACAUUCGAUGUGAAUUUGACGAGAGAACAUAUCUAUAAAAGAUUCAACUCAUGGAUUAUCUAGGAGUGACGAAAGUUUCCUUUUUCGGUUUUAAGAAUUAUUUAUGGCAUGACAUAAUUUAAGGUCGGGAAGGAGGAGAAAAUGUUUGUUUAUUUGAAAUGAUCAUAAUGAAUCCCAAUUAAAUGAUUGGCUGAAAUAUAUUACAUGACCAGAUAUUUAUAAUUGCUAGCAGAAAAAAAAUUCUAAUGACAAAUAAUAAUGACUAGUUUUUUUUGACUGGUUACAGUUUGAAAUUAGUAUGUCUGAUAAAAAAUACGGAUCCAUACCAAUAUGUAUAACUUUAAACUAUCUAUAAUAUUAACUGGCUCGGGCAUUAGAAUAACUACCCACACGUACAUUUCAAACAGUUCAAGUGUCCUCAGCUGUACAUCGGAUCUGUUCCAAUGAUAAUUUGAGUGUGUAAUCCUUAAUAAUGCAAGAUGAUGUGUAAUUAUAUUGCUGUCAAGUUCAGCAGUUAUUGUAUUGUUUAUAUCGCAGUCAGGCGGGUCUUCGACUGUAUUGUAUAUAAAGUUUGCAAAUACUUCAUAACCGUAUGAUUUUGUUUUCUAUGAACUAUUAUGAAAGUUUUGUAUAUACCUGAAGAGUCAAAUUAUUAAGUCUUCGUAUAUAGCAAUAACAACAGUCUUAAUUUACCCAGGGUAUCCACUUGUAUAAGUUAUAAAUUACAGCGGGCCCUGUAUAACAUACACAGGUUAUUAUUACCCUUGUCAAGAAAGCAGGUUUCACUACUAAAAUGACCUGGUCAUAUCUUAAUGUAUAUAUACGAUAUACGAUGUGUUUAAUUAUAAAUUCAUGUAUUAAAAGUGUACAAAAUUUCAAUAAGGAUUUUACUGAUUACUGUAUGUUAUUUGAUUUUAUUUUGCUGCCCUCUUAAGAUUGCAAUAAGCGAAACGUAUAAAAUUGAAAAGAAAAAUACGAUUCUCUUAAGACAAGCCUGGGUUAAGCUAAAAGUUAUUCCGAUGAGAAUUUAAUGAGAUGUUUUUAUUCCACGAUUCUAUUUGUUAUAUUUCGUCCUCCUAACUUUUAAUCAGGCGCCGUGGAACGGGGGGGGGGGGGGUUGGAGCUUCACCUUCCACCCCCCCCCCCCCACACACACACACAAAUACUUUUUGCAAUAAAGUACAAAAAAAACGUAACAGAAUACCAUUUCAUUGUGAUUUUCUAGAAUUAUGGUCAACUCCUCCCCCACGCCCACACACUUUUAAAACUGUUCCGUCGCCACAUAUCAUGACAAAAUCAGUUUUUCAUAAACAGAAAUCAAUCGAAAUUCAUUUUUUUUUUCUUAGUAAAGUGCGAUUUUUUUUGUUGAAAAACAAAAUAUUCCAAAAGGCUUGCGACAGACACUUCAUAAACAUGAUAAAUUGCGAUCUACGUUAGCCCACAGCUUAUAUUAGGCCUAUAGUACCCAUCUUUUUUGUUUUGAUGCGCGUGUGAGAUUCAUAAUUGUGAUUCAAUGUAAAGAAAAUCGAUCAAACGU